CCGCACUUGUUCAUUCCUGCCUCUGAUUGGUUGAGGGCCAUAGCAACGAAGCCGCCAUGUUUUGCUGAAGCCGAAGAGAAACGCAGCUUGUUAACAGACUGAAAUUCUCCUCAAAGCUUCCUCACAACAUGAAGUAUGGACACUGUUCAGCUGCAGCUGCCGGCGGGAUCAUGUCCGAGGUUUUCUGCGACUCGUAAAGGUCGUUGACGGCAGUUCACGAGCCUCGGGCCGUCGUGGAUCUUUGGAAGUCAUGGAGAAAGUGGAGGUGUACGAGGUGGAAAGCUGCUACAACCCAGCGGAGGUGUCCACCCCAAAAAAGAGGAAAAGCAAAGCUCAAGAAGACAAUGUGGAAAGAGCCAAGAAGCCCAGGUCUGCCUACCUGCUCUACUACUUUGAUGUUCACCAGCUUAUGCAACAGGAAGUACCUAAUCUGCCACAGUCGGAGAUCAACAAGCGAAUCAGCGAGAGCUGGAAAAGACUCAGUGUGGCUGAAAAAGCGUAUUACCUGGAGAAGGCCAAGUCUGAGAAGGAGGGGCUGGAUACAUCCUCGCUCAGCUCCUCGAAAGAUCUGCCAGGCUUCCGCAAGAUCCUCCCCAGAGCCAGCUACUUCCUCUUGUCCAAAGGCUGCCCCUCAAAUCACCAGCUUGGAGGCUCUCAGUCAGAGGGGACUGUGGAGUCUCUGGACCCUCCAGGUGAAGGAGGCUUGCCCUCCGUCUCCCUCGCCCAAGAGCCCCAGUUAACAACUCUAAGUUUUGCCGGUGAGGUGGAACUCUCGGAGCUGCCCAUCGCUGUUGAUGACAUAUCAGAGAAAACGACAACAGUGUCUCACCCAACAGCCCAAGGAGUCCCACCUCCUUCCUCUUCCUCUGUCUCAUCCACAGCCCCUUCCUCUGCAGAUGCCCGGGUCUCCGCUGACCUCACGGCAAAUGGGGUCACACUGAAAGGAAAUGAGACGAGAGCUGCCAGCAGUGGUUAUGGCUGGGCCAUGGUGCAACAAAUACAGGGGGAAACUACGCAGGUGGUUGCUAUUAUUCCCUCCCAGAAUCUACUGGAGCCCAAGGCAGGUGUCGGCUCUGUGGGCCCUGUGAUGAUGGUCUCUGUUGGAGCCAAAGUGGAACAAAGUGACAAACCUUCAUAUAAAAUGUCUGUGAAGACCUACACCAGGAGAGGUCGAGGGAGGUGUCUGAAUCCUGGAUGUUCAUAUGUGUACGUCACCCGCCACAAGCCACCAACAUGCCCUGAAUGUGGGAGCCGCUUAGGUGGAAAAUGGAUACCUGCAGCAAAGAAGACACAAGAGAAAGAAGCAGCAUCAAAGCAGUUUCCACAGAAAGCUGAAACCAAGUCUAAUGAGGGCUGUCAACCCACACAGCUCGCUGCUCAAGAUGGGAAUGCUGAUGCCAGUAAAACGAACACUGGUGGGGGCAAAAAAGACGGAAGAGCUCAAGGUUGCUCCAGAAAGCAGCGUGCAGUUCCCCCUGGAAAGCCACCAGAGGGCAGCAGUACCAAGCCACAGGAACAAACAAAUAGACAACUGAAUGAAAGUCCCAAACGUGCCACAGUCCAAGGUCAAGACAGAAGCACAGCCAGUGUUCCGAAGAAGCCUGUGAGACCCAUCCUCCCUGCCUAUUACAGCACAGGGCGUGCUUUGUUUCAGAUCCUAACUGUCCCACCUGACAAAGGAAAACACCAGACUACAAACAACAACAAAUCAUCACCUGCUCCCAGAGAGAGUUUCUCAGGUCUCAAACCCAGCACUUUAAAGCAGCUCGGCCAGACGGUCCCAAAAACCACAGCCAAGCAGGAUUCUCCUGCAUCAGCAGACGGAAGACAGCCUGUUUCUGCUCUGACUGAUGGGAGAGGGAACAUUCUGUCAGUUGUGCCGUUCAAACAGCACACUGUCUCCAGCUUUGACCUGGGACUGUCCACGGCGCGAGGCAGGGGCCGCUGUAAAAACCCCUCCUGUGAUUACAUGUACAAGAACAGACACAAACCUGCGAUGUGCCCUAAAUGCGGCUGUGAGCUGACACAGAAAAACACCAAGGGAGCAAAGUCUGGGACUCUUCUGGAUCCAUACCAGGCCCUGAGUCCUGCCCAGAGGGAUAUCCAGCGGCAAAACACACUGCAGCUCCUGCGCCGUUCCCUGCAGAUUCCUGAAAGCGACACAGAGCUUCAGGAAACAUUAAACCUCAUCCAGGAGCUCAACAGUCUCCAGAUCAUCUUGGUUCAACCGGCUCAGCAGGAACAUGAAGACGGCAUCGGGACGGAGACACUGGUUGAGACUGGGUGGCCUCAGUUCUAUGAAUCAGCAGCUACUCACUGUGGUCUGUGUCACUACCCUCUGUUCAAAGGAGGUCAGAGUACUGUAGCGGGACAGGAGGACUGUUGGCUGCUGACUGAGACACUGAUGCAGACGGCUUCUCUCCAGCUCAAGGUGUGUCUGAACGUUCAGUGUCUGGCUCUGCACAGCUUCACUGACCUGCAUCCAGGUUUGUUCAACAUUGGGAACAAAGUCCUGGUGAGCAUCGACCUGUUCUUGAAGAUGAGGGCAAAUAUCAAACUUGGCCACGCCCCCUCUCAGGCAGCCAGGACUUUACUAGACCACUCUCCCAACCACCCCAUCCAUGCACUGAGUCCAGAGGAGUCAUCUCAAAUCCAAGAGCUUUUCCUGACCGGCUACUGGGCCUUUGAGUGUCUGACAGUGCGAGACUACAACGAUAUGAUCUGCGGCAUUUGUGGUGUGGCUCCCAAGCUGGAGAUCGCACAACGACACACAAACAAUGUGCUGGAGCUCAAGAAUGUGGAGUUUACCUGGCCAGAGUAUUCAGUCUCCGAUGAGGUGCACAUGGAUGACUUCUGGCUGACCAUGGAGAGCGAGGCUAUUGAGCAGGCCGCCUUCCCCACCGACAUCCCCAUCACACGUGUGGAUGCCUCCAUCAUCGCCCCCUUCAUCCCCCCUCUGAUGAGGAGUCCCACUGUCAUCAACACAGAGAAAGACAAGGCCUCGUCAGACACACAGCAGCCCUCAGGAGAUCCAUCAGUUUUGGUGCGUCUCAUUCAUGACGGUCAGCUGCGACUUGACAAGAUUGAGGAACUCAGCGAGGACGAGCUAAGAACAAUACUGAGUGGCUGCGGGGCAAGCGUCACCCCAGGCUCCACUAAGAAUGAGCUGCUGGCAUCUCUGGUCUCCUUGUACACACUUGUUCAUAGUGGUCUCUCCACUGCCCCGCAGCCCCCCCCACACCUCACCGCUGGCAAGCUGUCAAAGGUCUGCCCCCACAAGGUGGUGUCUGGCUCUAAGUACUUGGUGAGAGGAGAGACAGCUCGAGAUCACGUCGACCUGCUGCUGUCCUCCCGCUACUGGCCCCCAGUCUAUGUAAGUGACUGUGCCCGCCAGGUGGCGCUCUGUACAGACAUGCAGUAUCCAGAACUGGCAACACAGAUGUGGGGCAGGAACCAAGGCUGCUUCUGUGACCCCUUUGAAAAGCCAGAGUUUGUGUCAUGUGCUGAGCUACAGGAUCAGCCCUAUAGUGCUGACCUGUCCUUGGUCGAGGAGAACCAGCAAGUCCACCCCAUCACCAAAUCUUCCUCUUGCUGGCUGGUUCACCCUCCUGGAGCAGAGCAGCCCACAGACCCUCCUUCUCCAGAGCACCACGCCAUGUCCCUCUGCAGAGACCUGGAGCCUUAUGUCAGCGUGGUGGCUGAGCUGGAGAAAGAGAAGGAAGAGGAGGAGGAUGAAGAUUCAGAAGAGAAGGAACACACAGAGAAAGUGGAGAAAGACUUCAUAGAGAAAUCAGAGGACUGUUCCACUACAAGCCGUGGGCGGUGGCCACCCGUGGUUUUCAGCAACACAGCCUAUUACUACCUGUACAACCGUCUGGUCGAUUUCCUUACCAGUAGGGACAUCGUGAGCCAGCAGAUCAACCAAGUGGUGAAGGCCUGUCAGCCUGGAGAGGUGGUGAUCAGGGAUGCUCUGUACCGACUGGGAGUAGCACAGAUCAACACGGAGAAAGAAGACGAAGAAGAAGGAUAUGGAACUGAAGCGCAGACACAAGAGGGAGGGAUAGAGAAAUAUGAGGUUGUUCUGCCCGAAUAAAAAUGUUGAGGAAUCCUCAAUUCAUCCUGGAAUGAAUGUAAAGAUGGCUGCAUGUAAAAGAGUUGAGUGCAGAGAAAGGGAGAAACAGCCAUGAAGGAAAAGGAGGUGCAAUAAGGAGCGAGACAGCGCAAACCCAGAGAGAGAGAGUAUUUUUUUAACCUGUGGAACAGUUCACUUCAUCAGUUACACUUUAACUGAUGUGAGGAACGAGCAGCCUGUCGAGUGGUCAGAGGUGUUAGCUGUGAAGAUUAAGACAUGCACUCUCAGAUUACAGAUUACAAUCAUGUUUUAACCACUGUUACAGCAUGUGUGAGAAUGUGUUAAUAUACUGAAGACUGAAUGUACAAAACAAGAAAUACUGAAAUAGAUGAACACAAAUACACCCUCAGCUCACAGCAGGAAGGUUGCUGGGCCAGAUACUGGCUGGAGACUUUCUGUGUGACGUUAGCAUGUUCUCCCCGUAUCUGUGUGGGGUUUCUCCUGCUUCCUCCCACACAUACAGAUUGGGGUCAGGUUGAUCAGUGACUCUAAAACGACGGUGGUACUUUGAUUGAAUGGUUGUUUGUCUUAGUGUCCACGCCUUACCCCGCCUCUCGCUGCAACGUCAGCUGGGAUUGGCUCCAGCUCCUCCCACGACCCUCAAAGUAUUAACAUUAUAGAUAAUGGAUGAACGCUCACCAAGAAUGAAGGUUGAGAAGAUCGAAGGACAGUGAGAUUCAUCAGCAGGAUGGUACCAAGGGUUACAUGAAGGGAAAGUGAUGAUUAUUUCAGUCCUGAAUCAAAGAUUUUCUGUGACUGAGAAUUGAAACAGGAUUUUAUUAACUCAGCCAUGUGAGUCUAAAUGUAAAAAUAUUUAAUCAGGAGCAGUGUGUUUUAAUUUAAUUUAAUAAAAAUGUCCAGAGACAUUUCUGCUUGGUAUUUUACACUCUGACCUCUCACCUGCCACUUGUUGCCUUUGGGAGGGAUGUUUGCUUUUGAAAGGUUUUUAUUAAACAUCUAUGUUCUUGUUUAUUGUAUUGUAUCAGAAUGUGAGGAUGGACCUCGUGGUCUCUUGCUUUAUUUCUGAUCAUCUGUUCAGAGUAGGUCGGUGGUCGAUCUCGACAGUAGCUCUCUGGACUCACUGGCUGUGUGCUGAUGUUCACGCGCUGGUUGAUCUGCUGCAUUUCCUUCCAUACAAGUCGGAUCAUGCACGAAGCUCAACACCAGGACUCUUCUGUAUGAAGACCUGCGGCUUCCAGUCUGUUGAUAACAACCGGAGCCUCGGUCAGAACAGAUGAGUGGAUUCAGAAAGUGAAACGCAGGAGUGCUUUUACUUUGAAACUUGUUCAGGCAAUGUUGUAAAUUCGUUCGUGACGCAGACAAAGAAACCUCGUGGUUCACAGCAAAACCAACAGAAAAGGAUCUUUCACCUGAGUUUUAAAGUUGAUUCCACGAGACUUUUAUACAAGGAAAUAAACCUCUUUAUAUACAGUCUAUGAAAUAAACAUAUUUAUGACCGUGUUAGUCAAAGCCUCUGAAAAAACAUCGUGCUGCAGUAGCAGCUCCUCUGCAGAACAUACUGUUGAACUGAGAAGCUAAAUAUUGUGCAUGGAACAGAUGCUGUAAAUAUGAAUCGAUAUGAAUGUGAAUAUUGUGCAUUGAAUAGAUAAAGUUACAUGACUGCCUUUCUUUGUGUUUUUUUAUGCUCGUAAGUUGAGAUCGGCUUAAGUUUGGAAUUAAAAAUUGAUCUUGGCCUUCAAGAGGUUGGUGACCACUGGUGUAGAUCCAUUCAAGGACAGUUGGAGAAUAGACUGAAGACGUGUAGUGGACCUGUCAUCGUGAAAUGCUUUAGAAAUGAAAUUCAUUAGUCUUUUUGUUGGAAUUGGUCACUAAUGCUUUGCUAACGAGGUUUUAUCAGAGCAUUGAUGCUGCUCGGUCAGUUUUGAUGAUUUUUCUACUGAAUAAAUCAUUCAAGGCCUCAGGUGUUUAAUAGAGACACACCUGGCUUCAAAGAAACCACAGCACAACUUUUGUGACGAUAAAGAAAGACUGAAAUGGCUUCACCAUUGAAAGCUGCAGAUGCUACAAAUAAAGAAAUGAAUGGCGUCCAAUCUAAUUUCAUACAAAUCAUUGUCUUAUUUACUGUAACUUACACUUGAAGCUUCGA